AUGGCGACAAAGGAGGCAGGAGAUGGUGAAGCAGAGUCGAGCCUUCCCUCAGCCAAUGGGAGGAAGCAAAUGUCUGAAAAACCAAACUAUGCUCUUAAAUUUACUCUCGUGGGACAUACGGAAGCAGUAUCAUCAGUUAAAUUUAGCCCUAAUGGAGAAUGGCUAGCAAGUUCUUCUGCUGAUAAAGUAAUUAUAAUUUGGGGAGCCUAUGAUGGAAAGUAUGAGAAAACACUUUAUGGUCACAGUCUGGAAAUAUCAGAUGUUGCCUGGUCAUCAGAUUCCAGUUGGCUUGUUUCUGCCUCAGAUGAUAAAACGCUAAAGAUCUGGGAUGUGAGAUCUGGAAGAUGUCUGAAAACGCUAAAGGGGCACAGUAAUUACGUUUUUUGCUGUAAUUUCAACCCACCAUCUAAUCUCAUCAUUUCAGGAUCUUUUGAUGAGAGUGUGAAGAUAUGGGAGGUGAAAACAGGAAAGUGCCUCAAGACUUUGUCUGCUCAUUCUGACCCAGUUUCUGCUGUUCAUUUUAAUUGUAGCGGGUCCUUGAUAGUAUCAGGUAGCUAUGAUGGUAUCUGUAGAAUUUGGGAUACUGCAUCAGGUCAGUGUUUAAAAACACUUAUUGAUGAUGAUAACCCUCCUGUCUCUUUUGUAACAUUUUCUCCAAAUGGUAAAUAUAUUCUAAUUGCAACCUUGGACAAUACCCUUAAACUGUGGGAUUACAGCAGAGGCAGAUGCCUGAAAACGUACACUGGCCAUAAGAAUGAGAAAUACUGUAUAUUUGCCAACUUUUCAGUUACUGGUGGAAAGUGGAUUGUAUCUGGUUCAGAAGAUAAUCUGGUUUACAUCUGGAAUCUUCAGACUAAAGAGAUUGUACAGAAAUUACAAGGUCAUACAGAUGUUGUAAUCUCAGCAGCUUGUCACCCUACAGAAAACAUCAUUGCAUCAGCAGCAUUAGGAAAUGACAAAACAAUUAAACUGUGGAUGAGUAACUACUAAACCCUUUAGAAAUCAAGUAGUAGAGCCAAGCUGGAAAAAAAAAAAAGUUAUUUAAAAAGAUGGUUUCCCCUUAAUUUUGGCAUAGUUUUGUAUUUCUUUUUAACAUUGUCUUACAAAAUUUCAGACCUAUAAUCUAAAUUUGUAAAGCAAGACAACUGGAAAAACAAGUCUAGAACCUAGGGCUUCUGACUUUUAAUCUGUUAUUAAUCUCUUAUGUCUCUUCCUGAACAGAUUCCCAUUCUGUUCCUCCCAGUGAGUAUUUUAGAGAAUCAGUGUACUUGAGAAAUAUUUAGAAGUAAGGUUCACAAGAUAGGAUGACUAUUAAGUGAGGAGAGCAAGGGAGUUUGGAAUAACUCCAGUGUUUCUGAUUUGGCAGAUCAGAUAGAUGAAUAAGAGCAUAAGCCUGGGAUAGUGGUGGAUUGGAGAUGUAUGAUGGAUGCUACUCACACACUUGAAGUGAUAGCCUAUGUGAUGGGGUGUGAAAUGGUUCCAUGGAAUCGAGUCUAUAAAUUGGGAAAAAUAAGUCAUGGUUAGGUUUGCUCUGAGAGUCUAAGAAUUUUAAGUUUUUAUCAAGAUAAAAACUAAAAAUAAACCAAAACAUUAUGUCAUUUUACUGAA